CUCAGCAGAUGGAUAGGCCUUUCGCUGCAAAGGAAGAUCUGAGCUGUGACCUGGCCGGAGACUUCGAGCCCAACCCUGAAGCCCAUCUGCCCUCCAUUUGCCUCAAGCAGGUGUUCCCCAAGUAUGCCAAGCAGUUCAAUUACCUACGCCUGGUGGACAGGAUGGCCAAUUUGUUCAUCCGAUUCCUGGGAAUCAAGGGGACAAUGAAGUUGGGACCAACUGGCUUUCGGACCUUCAUAAGGAACUGCAAGCUGAGCAGCAGCAGCCUAUCCAUGGCGGCGGUUGACAUCCUCUACAUCGACAUCACAAGGAGGUGGAACUCGAUGGCUCUGGACCAGCGGGACACAGGGAUGUGUCUGCAGGCAUUCGUUGAAGCUUUCUUCUUCCUGGCCCAGAGGAAGUUCAAGCUGCAACCUCUCCAUGAGCAGGUGGCGUCCUUGAUUGACCUGUGUGAAUACCACCUGUCCCUGCUGGAUGAAAAACGCUUGUUGUGCCAUCGGGGCCGGUCCCACCAAAGAAACACCCCUCAGAUGAACCGCACAACCCAUUCAGCUGCGGGCAGCUCUGCACCCCGAGUGAUCGGGGCUAGCAAACUCUCUCACUCCUGACACGCUCUGUCCUGACGUCCUGGAAGAAGGUGUGCCCUCGGGGACUGAGGACCCCGGGCUCCCCCCACCUGUCGGGAGCCACUAGGGUUCCAGCUGCAAUCACCCGUGCGUCCUCUCUGUGUCCUGUAGGGCUCUUGCCUCACACGGCCAAUCCUUGCCCACUCCCCACCCAGCACCUCGUGGUGACCUCACCCUGUUUGGGAAUCAUCAGUGGACAUAUGACAUCCAAGAUGUGACAGAUGGCACCUACUAUUCUGGGCUCCUGGGAAACACCAACUGGGGCAGUUUCUGCUGUGCUUGGGGCCGCAGGGGAAUGGAGCGAGGGUGAAGGACAGACCAUCCUAAGCAGAGAUCUGUGGGCAUGGAGAACAGUCACACGGGGGCCUGCUGGGCCCUGAGAGCCUGCUGCUCAGAGCUUAGCAUCAUCGAAUGUCUUUCCUUCUGCCCAUUCCCCAAAACGAAGUUGAAAUAUGAAGAUGGCGGACACCCCCCCCCCGAUCAUGUGCUACACAGGUGUCCUUUACAGACUGACCUCAUUUGUUUGUUAACCUACCUGUUGCUGCAAUGUUUGAGUUAUUACUAAUAAAGAAAUACUUAAGAAAUAACACAGUAGGGCUUCUUCAGUCUCCCCGUCCAGGUUCCAGGGGACCCCUUCGAAGGUGGGGCACUGACCCAAUGGCCAGGAGCCACUGUGUACCCAGCACUGUGCUGUCUGCCCUGAGUGAGGGGAGGGGCUUCAGAGGGGAGAAUGGAAGGCCCCCAAUGACAAGCAGGAGUGUGUGUAGAGCAAGUGUGGCCUAGACCAAAACAACCAGUGUUCUUGAAUGUGCACUCUGAGGGGCAGAGGUGGAAGGCCUCGGUUCCCGCUCCUCGGGAGCCAAGUGGGUUUCACACAAGUCCCAAGUGAGAACUGUGUGGGUACAUUCUUUAACCAGCCUCGAGCUGUACAGCUGUAGAAAGCUAUUAAAUAAAGCUUUGACUUGACA